UUUGGCAUUCCAUUCUUGAAAAAGUCACUAUUUCCAUUUCUCUCUCAAUCUUUUCUACUUUUCAAUCAACUCCUUCCUUCAAAAACCAAAACCCAUUUCUUCAAUUUAAUUUGUAGGGUCUCUGUUUUGCUCUGUUUCAAAAUUUUCAUAUAAAACUAAUUCUAGCUUCCCACUUACAUAUAUGGCCACCAAAGCUUCUAACAUUCUACCUCCUUUUUCACAUCAAUACUUCCAGAAACUUUCAUCAUAGUAAUCCUAUCUUUUGCAUUUGAAAAAUGUAUGAAGAAGAUCAUCAAAUGGGGUUUUAUGCAAUAAUCUUUUGAUCUGUUUUUUCCCCCACAAAAUACCCUUUUAUGGAUAUUGCCUUCCAACUCCAUCAACCCCAUCUUCAUUCCUUUCUUCAAGAUGUAAUGCAAUCUUUUGGCUGCACUUACAUUUGCCUCUGGUCUUAUUUUCCUCAACCAUUCAAUUGCUUGAGAUUUUCUGAUGGGUUCUUGAAGGAAAUUGAAGAACAGCCAUGUUCUUCUUCUGCUGCUGCUGGAAGUUUAGCUCGGUUGCUUUUUGAGGAAUAUAAGCAAUUAGAAUUCAGUGUUGAUGAUGGGCUUGUUCCAGGACUUGCCCACAAACACAAUGAUCCUUGUCUGAAGUUGGAGAAUUCCCAGCUUCAAACUUAUGCUUCUUCUGAUGUACAAAGACAGUUUUAUCUUGCAGCAGGGAUUCAGACUUCAAUCUUCUUGGGGAGCAUCAAUGGUGAAAUUGAGCUUGGUUUCUCUAAUGUUUCUCUGGUUGACAUUCAGAUGAUAAUAAGCAAUUUGGUACCUGGUGAUGUUGUUGCUCCCAAGGUUUCAAUAAUGGAGCUUCCUCAGCCAUCCACAAAGCUAAAACUGAUCCCGAGUCCGAGUCCGAGUCCAAGCCCGAUCCCGAUCCCGAACCCACUUUCAUCUUCAUCUUCUUCCUUGAGAUCACUCUCAAUGGACAGCCCUGCAGAAUCACCCUUCACAACGGCUGACAUUUCCAUUCGUCAAAGCCAGCUCCAACCUUCCUCCAUGGACUCCAUUUUUGCUCAAGCAAGAAACCUUCAAUUCCCCUCACCAGAAGCCUUAGAUGAGGCCAUGACAAGAACAAUUCUUGCAGUUCUUUCUUCACCAGCCUGUUCAUCUUCCUCUUCUGUUCAUCAGCCUCUUGAAAAGCUUCUUCCAAGCUACCAUUUGAAUGUAAAAGCCAGUGCUUUCAAGAAAUAUGCUAGAGUUUCAACCCCGAUGACGACGCGGUUGAAUCGAAAGUCGAGCACUAGGCAAAGCUUGCUCAAGAGAUCAUUUGCUUUCAUGAGAAACUUGAAUCUCAUGAGGCUUCGAGAACGCAUGCCAACAACGAGUCGACCGACGAGCUCGCAACUACACCAUGUGAUAUCAGAGCGACGGCGGAGGGAGAAGCUCAAUGACAGUUUUCAAGCAUUGAAAUCUCUACUACCUCCCGGAACCAAGAAAGACAAAGGAUCAGUGCUAACAACUACAAGGGAGUAUGUGAGUUCUUUGAAAGCUCAAGUGGCUGAGCUUAGUAGAAGGAACCAACAAUUGGAAGCACAACUUUUGCAAAGUGCUAAAGAAGAAGGAAAAAAAGAAGCAAAUUUUUUUCCCCAAGAAGAAAGAUUCAGAGUUGGAAUUUCACAAGUUCAAGAAUCCACAUCAGAAGGCCAAAUUAUAGAUUUGCAUAUAGCAACUAGAGGAGAAUCUCCAUUGAUAAACAUAAUCAUUGGAGUUCUUGAGUUCUUGAAGCAGCUUAACAAUGUGAGAGUUGUAUCCAUGGAAGGCAACACCCAGUUAACACCUUCUUCAAGUUCUAUUAACCACCUAACUUUGAGACUAAUCAUUGAGGAGAAUGAAUGGGACAAGUCUGCCUUCCAAGAAGCAAUGGAAAGGGUUGUAUCUAACCUGGCUAGAUGACAACUGGACCAAUCACCAUCUGCCACCUGGAUGUUCCAAAAAGCAGAAAAUAUUGGGUCAACUGCUCAUUUGAUCUCCACCACUAUUUUUUUUUUCUUGUUAUUAUUAUUUUAUUGAGAUAUAGAUUAUUUGUCAUGAGUGGUUAUAUAAUAUAUUGUUCUUUUUGUUUCUAUA